AUGGUGCCUAUCUCUACAAGCAACUCAUCUAACCUUAGCUCCUCACAUUACCAUCAUCGCCGGAAUUCAAUCUAUCAGAGCCGCCAUCGCCUGGCACUUUCCAACGAAGGGCCCUACUUUUUCCGCUCGCUGGUCUGGGGCAUAUACCGAUCAGGCGAGUAUUCAGACUUUACGAUCCGAGUCAAGGGUUCUGUGCGUGAAUUCCACGUUCAUCGAGCGGUGAUUUGUCCGCAGUCGGAGAUUUUUGAGGCUGCUUGUCGGGGACGGUUUAUUGAAGCGUCAACCAAUUCAAUGACGUUGACGGAUGAUGAUCCUGAGAUCGUGCAGUACAUGAUCAAGUAUCUGUAUACGCAUCGCUACGAUGACGCCGAGGACUGGAAUUAUGGAUGUUGCGAUAACGGCAUUAAGCGUAUCAGGCAGCAUUACGAAACAACAACAGGCGACGAGGAAGAGGACGAAUUUAGACACGCAUUGCCAUUAUCCGACUCAGCAGCAGUGAUAACCACAGCACGGAAUGACAACGAGGGGGAAGAAGAGGAAGAAGAGGUGGAGGAGGGCAAUAGAAGUACUCAUUAUGCACCUUCCGAACCUCCCAAGUCUCUUUAUGUCUACGCCAUCGCGGACAAAUACCUGAUCUACCCACUAAAAAAUCUCGCGCGAACACGAUUCUCAAACUGGGCUUAUAGCCACUGGUGGACACGAGGUUUUGUGUCCGCGGCUCGCGAGAUCUUCGACAACGAAACGGGGAAUUAUAACGAACUCAAAGAAGUCGUUCUAUCAACCAUAGUCCUGCAUGCGGACACUCUACUAUGCGGGCACGGAUGUAGCAUUGGCAGCAAUACUACUACUACUAAUAAUAAUAAAACAACGAGCGGAGAAAGGAAAGAAAACGAUAUUCAGAAAUUCAUGCAAGACUACAGCGAGGUCAGUGUAGAGGUGCUGCGGCGAACCCUCGACCGCUCUCGGAUUCGCCAGCGAGGUCUCGAGGUGGAUGUCGCCGACCUUGAGUCGAGGGUGAAUGCGCUAAGAGUGGAGAAUAAGAAAAUCGGGGUUUUGCAGAGUCGGAAUCAUAGCCUAAAUAAAGAGUUGCUGGAGAUUAGGAUGGUGGUCCUUGCGUGGAAGAGGGAUUUGAAGAACUCUACUGCUGCUAUCGGUGGUGGUAGUAGCAGUACUUCUAGUGGCGCGCAGGACAGGAGGAUUCGGUAG